AUGAGGUGGCCCGGGUCCAUAGAGCCAUUAUUGCGGGGCGUCCAAGUCCGCGAGGACGAUUGCUCGUACGUCUGGCAAGUGCCGGAGAACCAGCGAUGCGACUGGGUCCUCGAGACGGAGGACUGCCAAGUGGGCUCCUUCGUGCCGUACCCCAAGCUCCUCUUCUGCACCUUUGGCACGGCAAACCCCAACCUCUUUGGCCUCGGACUCGCCCUCCUCUUCCUCUGGCUCCUCUACCUCUUUCUCAUCCUAGCCAUCACUUCCGACAACUUCUUCUGCCCGUCGUUGUCGGUGAUAGCGUCGGUGCUCCGGUUGUCGGACAACAUAGCCGGGGUGACGAUACUCGCGUUCGGCAACGGCUCCCCCGACAUAUUCACCUCGAUCGUCUCGAGCGCCGACGAGCGGCUCAUGAUAUUCACCGAGUUGAUCGGCGCCGGGGUGUUCGUCACUGCCGUCAUAGCCGGCUCCGUGGCCGUGUUUGCCCCCUUCCGCGUCCAGCCCAGGUACCUCAUGCGCGACGCCACCUUCUACGUCCUCGCGACCGCUUGGAUCUGCUUUGUCGUCUCCGACGACGUAGUCCACCUAUGGGAGGCCUGCAGCUGCGUGCUCGUCUACGUCCUAUUCAUCCUCGUGGUCGUGCUGAUGCAGAAAUCCGAGACCCGCCGGGAUCGGCGCAACAAGCGCAUGCCUGCCCUCCAAGACCCGGACGCGCUGCGGGCCUUUGUCGAGAACCGCGGAACCGACUGGGGAGCCAUGCCCCGGCUACCGAUCAGACCGCGCGCCUUCGACCUCCAAGCCAAGCUCGACGUCGCGAUCACGAGGGAGUUGGGGAGGAGCCGGCAGCUGGACGGGGUCCCCGAGGGGGUUGACGCGAAGAGUAGCUCGAGUAGGCCGAGGGGCCUUUUGGGGGAGUUUUUCUACGACAUCGGUCCGGUGAGCGGGGACGAGUGGAGACGGUCCGGUUGGGCGGUGAAGGUACUGCUGGUGCUGCGCUCGCCGCUCAUGCUCGUGCUCCAGCUGUUCGUGCCGGUGGUCAACGAGACCGCGGAGAAACGGGGCUGGUCCAAGCUGCUCAACUGCAUGCAGAUUUGCCUCGCGCCACUCGUCGCGGGACUACUGCUCGAGCUCUGGACCGUAAAGCUCGGACCCGUGCCCGUGCCGGCCAUCGCUUUCGGCUGCACUCUGACGAUCGCCGUCCUGAUUUUUCUCUUCACCUCGGUCGGCAAUAUCCCAAAGUACCACAACGCGCUGGCGUUCUUUGGAUUCCUCGGGGCGAUGUUGGUCGUUUACGCGAGCGCCCAGGAGGUGAUGGCGGUACUCGAGUGCUUGGGCUUCGCCAGUGGCAUCACCGACGCCAUGCUCGGCAUCACCCUGCUCGCCUGGGGCAACAGCGUCGGUGACCUUGUGUCCAACGUAACGAUAGCCCGUCGUGGCUUCCCCCGGAUGGGCUACUCCGCUUGUUUCGGGGGUCCGAUGUUCAAUACCCUCGUGGGCCUCGGGCUAACCUACGGCAUAGCUGCCGCCCAAUCGCCCGACUACAAGAUCCGCAUCCGCACCAGCGACAUGGCACCCGGUUGCCUGGCCUUCCUCUUCUGCUCCCUGCUCGGCUCGAUCAUGUACCUCAACGUCACCGGCUUCGCGGCCAGGCGCUCCUACGGUUACCUACUCUACACCAUUUACGCGGUCUUUUUCCUCGUCAACGUGCUCAGCGAGGUCCACUUUAUCCACCCGCUCGGCACCGACCAUCGCCCCGACGACGUUAUUUGA